AUGGCUGCUGCCGGCCAAACUAGAAGCCGUUGGACACCUCCAGCGGCGGCAGCGGAAGAAACUCCACCACCCAUUUCGCGGUGUGUUUCGCCUGAGUCUUCAGCUCCCGUCCCAGUAAAGCCUAAAUGUGUGACCUAUCCGCAACCCCCGAAGCGCUCGCGCCUGUCUCGGUGUAUCCUGCGGUGGCUGCAGAGCCUGAACCUCAGCUUCUUCCCCAGGAACGUGAACAGGGAUUUUUCAAAUGGCUACCUGGUUGCUGAAAUACUCACCGUGUAUUACCCGUGGGACCUUCACUUGUCAGCCUUUGAAAAUGGAACUUCUUUACAAGUGAAGCUAGGUAACUGGGGACAUUUGGAGAAGUUCAUGGCCAAAAAACAUCUAAAAUUACCUAAAGAACUAAUCCAUGGAACAAUUCAUUGUAAAAUGGGAGUGCCUGAAAUAAUGAUAGAGGAGUUGUACACGUUGUUGACACAUAGAAAGGUUAAGAGUGUGCAGAGCGAACUUGUGAAUUUCACAGACUUUCUUUACCAGAUGAGUUUGCCCCCAGUUUCCAGGUCUACGGCUUCCACAUCAAUUAAAGAUAAUAUCAGGUUGACAGAAUUAAUAAGUAAUCCUAACAUGCUCAGUUAUAGAAGGAAAGCAGAAUUCCUCCUCCUCUUACAUAUGUUCCGAAGGAAAAUAAAUAGAGACAUGUAUCCAGAUUUUCCUCAUUUCUUGGACUCCCUUGACUGCAGAAACUUAGCUGCUGUAUCCUCCAAACACUUGGAAAAAGGCAGAUUGGCUCAUUGUGAUAACUGUCACUCUGGGAGAGUUGCUGAGUACAAUAAACUGAUGAGUCGUUAUGAUGGUGGGUUCUUCAAUAAGGGGGCUUGGCAGAGAGGAAAAAGGGACCUUUCGAAACACAGGGCAGAGGAAGCCUACAGGAUUAGUUAA